GUCCUACUGCUUGCAUAUCUGCAACUGCAGCUGUUCUGCUCUUCGAUCUGCUGUUCCUGCUUGAGCUCUAUCACCGCCACACUUACCAUCCAUUCCAUCCAUCCAUCCAUCCUUCCCUCUUUCCAUCUACCCCCUCCUUUUUUCCACUAUUCCUGCACACGCACCCCUUCCACAACCCCUCGUCCCUCACUCAUAUCCAGCUCCCUGCCUGUACCUGCCGAGAAAGUCCCGUUCGGAUACUAACAAUUCCCAUAGUAUCUUGCUGCAACAAACUUCCUUUCGUGCCCACUUUGCGAUCGGAUUGUCUUCAGACUUUCGAGACACGCCCUGGAUUCCUCAUUCCCCACCGCCACCGUGCUUUCCUGCUCUUCUAGCGGCUCACCAACAGGCCUCUCGAACGGGCAACGCGGGCCACGAUUGUCCAUUCACUCCCCCUCUCCGGCAUUGCGGCAUAAUUCUGGAUCAUCGCGGGGUGCCAUUCAAGACGACGCCGUUCCUUGAGAGCCAGUUUCUCCUUUUCUUAAAUUCGCUCUUUGAACCUCCAUAACCUUUCUUCUCCUCUUCCACCCUUUUCCCCGUCGCGCCAACCCCCGUUCAGCCUUGCUCCGGUCGGGGUUUCUUGGCUUCGCCUCCCUCCUCCACCUCCAAGCUUCGCCACCAGGGAUAAUCAGCCGAACCUUUCUACUACAUUACCGAUCUUCUGUUCUUUCCCCAUACUCCCUCCAUACUCUUACUGGGUUGGACUUCACCUAAUAUCUUCUAGAGACAGCUGCUUCGUCACUAAACAUUCACAUCUUGGCUGAACAGAUAGAGAAUGGGUCAGCAGCCUUCCAAGAGACCUGGCGAAAAGGGUAGCGCGCCGGCAAGCUCCUCUACGGUUUCGCUCAGCGUAGAUGGGAACACCUUACCGAUAACAAAGUCGGACACUCAAGGCUCUACUAGAUCUAUUCGCGAAUCGAUUCGUAGUAAGAUUUCGGCCUCGACGAGCAAGGAUAGUCCUUCAACCUCUCUCGCUGCUCUUCCUGGUGCUGUAGACAAGUCUGACGCAGCAUCCGUUCGAUCCUCGACUAGUGCGCCAUCGCGACGAGAGACCCGAAAUUCUAACCCUAACCUUCCCCCACUCUUGACCUCCUCACUCUCUCGGUCUGUACCGAACUCCGAACCCUCUACGUCAACAAACACCCCUUACGAUUCUACCAACUCGCUCGUUCCCCCACCAUCGCCGGUUCACGGAUAUAUUGGAAAGGGUCACUCGGCGGUGGAAGGUGGAAAGAACAAGGAAGUGGACCAUGUCUCUGAUGUGCCUGCCGGAUCUGGCUCCAUGCAGCCUCCCCAUUCGCAAACACCCAAGGAAUCGAUUUUGAUAAAACGGCCGGGUGCUCCAAACCCUGUCACCAUCGGAAAUGGGUCCACGGAGGGUGGUUCGCCUGGGGCAGACAAUAUGCAAAUGUCCGCACUCAAGUCCAUAGACCUCGACGACAUGAUCACGCGGCUUCUCGAUGCUGGGUAUGCUGGAAAGGUUACGAAGGCCGUCUGCCUCAAGAAUGCCGAAAUUACGGCCAUAUGUCACGCAGUGCGGGAAGUCUUCUUGUCGCAACCCGCAUUGGUGGAGUUACGCCCCCCAGUAAAAGUUGUGGGGGAUGUGCAUGGCCAAUACACGGAUUUGAUUCGUAUGUUCGAGAUGUGUGGAUUUCCGCCGAAUGCGAAUUACCUGUUUCUGGGCGAUUAUGUGGACCGGGGCAAACAAAGUCUCGAGACUAUUCUUUUGCUUCUAUGUUACAAGCUCAAGUUUCCGGAGAAUUUCUUUUUGCUAAGGGGGAAUCAUGAGUGCGCCAAUGUUACACGAGGUAUGUUGUCAUGUCGUGAUUGAAUUCUAAUAUUUGCAUUGUUGGCGGAAUGCUGACUGCAACCAUCGAUAGUGUAUGGAUUCUAUGAUGAGUGUAAGCGUCGGUGCAAUAUCAAGAUUUGGAAAACUUUUGUCGAUACUUUUAACUGUCUCCCGAUUGCCUCGAUUGUUGCGGGUAAGAUCUUUUGUGUUCAUGGUGGGCUAUCUCCAUCCCUUUCGCACAUGGACGAUAUCCGGCAAAUCGCGCGCCCGACGGACGUCCCUGACUACGGUUUGCUCAACGAUCUCCUAUGGAGUGACCCGGCCGAUAUGCAGACGGAUUGGGAAGAGAACGAGCGAGGGGUUAGUUACUGCUUUGGCAAGAAGGUUAUCCAGGAGUUUCUGGUGCGGCAUGACUUUGAUUUAGUGUGCCGAGCGCAUAUGGUUGUAGAGGACGGAUACGAGUUUUUCAAUGAUAGGAAUCUGGUGACGGUCUUUUCGGCGCCGAACGUAAGUUGGAUUCUUGGCCCGUAUUUGGAGUUGUUAGGGAACUGACUGAGCGGGCUUAUGAAGUAUUGUGGAGAAUUCGACAACUGGGGGGCCGUGAUGUCCGUUUCGGGUGAGCUCUUAUGCAGCUUUGAGUUGCUCAAGCCUCUAGACUCUGCGGCGUUGAAGCAGCAGAUGAAGAAAGGCAGGGGCAAGAGAGCAUCUUUGAUGUACCAGAGUCCGGUAAGUUGAGCUCCGGCCUCGGGAUUUGCCACAUGCGAUGGGUGCUGAUUGUAUUCGCCGGAAAAUUGCAGCCUGCGAGCAUGGCCGCCCAGAGCUUCUGA